AGGAAGAAGAUGCCUACUAACGGCUCACAACACCGCGGUACAGGGAUAGAUUUCAGAAGAAUGGUGAAUUCUCCUUACUUUAGAAGUACUGGAAAUUUGCCAUCGUUGCCAGAAAAUCCUCAUAGCAACACUAGUCUAGGUCUUAUUUUUCCAAGAAUGGAAAGGAGGGAGUUACAUGAAAGAAACAGCACUUCUAUCACUUCAUCAGCUUUUCAACAAGAUACUAAUUCACAAAGUUUACCAUCUUCUGCAAGUACCAUUACUUCAAAAUCUACAACAAUAUCAAACUCUUCACUUUCAUCUGUAUUAGGUAAUGACAUACACACCACCACCACUUAUGAGGAUUAAUUUUUUUUCUUCGUUGCAACACACAAAAAAAACUUGAGUUUUGUGUGCUGUUAAGUCAAAUGAUAAUUUUUACGUCUUCAAAUUAAUGCAAGAUCAGUUUAAUUACAGACGGUAAAUGAAUCUCAAAUACAAGCAUGAUGGUAUUCGUUUUGUAUCAGGUUCAGAAUAUUUUUAUCGCAAAAUAUUUGUCGUCUUUGAUAUCGUUAUUUCUGCAAUUUAUUAAAAAUGUACGUUUUAUUAAAAAUGUACGCAAAAUCAGAAGCAGAGAGAAACAGAUUUGCAGAUGUGUUAAGAAGGGAAGACCAGCGCAACGAGGUAUUCAAGAUAGCAAAGCAAAUGAAGAAGACUAAUCAAGAUAUUGUAGGUGAGAAGUGUAUACGUAAUGAUGAAGGUGUUUUGGCUAGCACAGAGGAGGAGAAAAGGGUAGCUUGGAAGAAUCAUUAUCAGAGGUUGCUUAACACUGAGUUUGAUUGGGACGAGGAUAAUUUGUCUGAUGAUGAUGUCGUAGAAGGGCCAGCUAUGCAUAUCAAGACAGAAUGGGUAGUGGAGGCUAUUAGGAAAUUGAAGAUUGGCAAGGCUGCAGGAGUAUCAGGUAUUGUUGCAGAGAUGGUAAAAGCAUCUGGAUAUAUUGCAGUUGAGCUUAUUACAUAUCUUGCUAACCAGAUUAUAAAGGAUGGUGCUAUUCCGAGUGAGUUGCAGUCGAGUGUAAUAGUGAACUGUUUCAAGGGCAAGGGAGCUAGUAUAGUACACCCGCAUGAGUACGGUUUAGGUUUUUCGACGGUCAAACCCCUAUUAAAAAACGCUGCUUUUAGACCCCCUAAAAAUCUGUGACGUCACAGAUUUUAUCAUACCUCAAAUGAGUAAACAAGUCACGUGAUAUCCAACAAAUUUGCUGACAUCAUCAAAAAUGACGGCACUCGACAAAACUGCUGACAUCAACAAACGCGCAUGCGCAAAUCUGUUUGAAUAGAAAAGGGAAAUUCCCUACUCAAAUUGCGACCGCUGUUAGUUAAAGUCUGAAUGUACAUAUAAUAAAGAGAAAUGAGUUGGUUCAAGAAUGCAAUUAGUAAAUUAUAUAGCGCUGUCUCAGCGCCGGUAGCAGCAACUCGCGAUGCUCUUGCAGGUCGACUACAGAGCGUGCGAGACACUGUUAGGCAUUAUUAUAACAGGGCGAGGGAGCAAAUUGCUGGAAGGGCAACACUGCACGAUGAAAUCGAGAGAGAAGCGCGAGAGGACUUUUACGAUGCUGGAGACAUACAAGACGAAUACAGCGGAGUCGAAGACAUCAAGCACAUGUUCCCACAAGAGAAAAACCGAUCCGAAGGCGUCGAAGACAUUCAGCACAUUUUUGAUGAAAAUGACACACAGAUGUUGGAAGACGGAAAUCGUGUCAAGACAUGGCGGUUCAACAAGAACCUUAAUCAGCCACUGGCGGAGGUCAUCAUGCGAAAAAUACACCCUACAUAGACAUGAGAGUCAAGGUAGUCUACAGUUUUGUUUGCACCAUCUACGAAGCAGGAGGUGGCACGGCUCCGUAUCACAAGACCAAGGGAAUCGAAGGAUCGCUUACGAGCCUAGCUGACAUCGAAGCCUUUAUCGAAAAAUGUGAAAUGCAGCGAUUAGAUCUAGGAGAUAACGAGUUUUGGGGGAAGGCGUACUUACCACCAGAAAGAACAAUCGAGACCCUAGGUUCGUACGAAGGGAAAAUAGUCUUCCAACAUGUGCAGAUCAAGAUCAUCUCCACAAGGGAGCCCCUGUUAGGCUGUGGACCUUUGCCAGACUGGUUGCGAAAGAAGAGGUGCAUCUACAGCUUUGACAAGGAGGAUGAGAGAACCGACAAUUUGUGUGUCUGGAGAUGUCUUGCCGUACACUACCGUGGAGAAAGAGAGCAGCGCGAGAAACGUGUCACGAGACCAGCUCUCACACUAGCACGCGAGUACUACGAGAAUCCCAAACUAAAGCGGAAAGAAGUUCGUGCUACGAAGCUUGUUGACUUCGAGGGCAUAGCGAAGCGUUUCAAGAUCAACAUCAGAGUCUUUGAACCCAAGACCAAUUCUGAGAAAGCGCCAUGGAGACUCGUGUACGGUCAGAAUCAAUACAAAAAAGAUUUAGACACAAUCAACCUUGGUAUGCUGGAUGAACACUGUUUCUACAUCAAGGAUUUAGACGUACUGGCACGACGGAAAUGGGAAUGCGAAGUCUGCAAGCAAAUGUUUACAAGCAGCGGAGAUCUUACGAGACAUAAGAAGAUAUGUAAAGGAAGAAAGCCGACUAUCAUCUGCAAAGGCGAGAAGGUCAAGCGCAUGCCUAGCAAGUCAGAGAAGGUCUUUUACGGUGAGGGCUUCAGCUAUGACGCUUGUAAAUGGCUCGAGCACAUGUCGAGGGAAACUGGAAGGCACAUUCAUCACGCACUCUGUGGGCAUGGAGGAGAACGAGUCAUACGCUACGGGGAGAAAGAAAAUGAGGUCUACAGGGUAGACGGCUAUGAACCUCAGACCAGGACAGUCUAUGAGUACCACGGUUGCAAGUGGCACGGAUGCCCCUGCCAAGGAACAAACACGAAUAAAUAUCGAUAUACGGCCACCAAAUCAAAGGAGAAAGGCAUCCGAAAACUUGGCUACAACCUCGUGACAGUGUGGGAGUGUGAGAGUCCACCCCAAGCCAAGAGGUACUUCAAGAAAGAAUUUCGACCCUAUCCUCACUACAUCGUGUUUGAUUUCGAGGCCCUCUUGCUCCCUCUGAAUCAGCGACAAACAUCCGACCUAACAUACAUCUCGGAGCAUGUACCGGUCAGCGUCGCCAAUCACGAUAGUCUGAACGGAGAUCCAACGUUCCUGGUGCACGGUGAUCCAAAGAUCUUGGUUGAACAAUUUGUGGAGCAGCUCGAAAAAAGACACGCCCUCAUCGUGAAAGAGGUGGAGAGAAUGUAUCCAAGACCCGAUGAUUUUGACAUGCUUCCAGACAAAACUCAGAAGGCAUGGAACGAGUGGGUAAACCAGGUGGUCGUGAUCGGUUUUAACAGUGGCAAGUAUGACCUGAACAUGAUCAAGCGGUACUUUGUCGAUCAAAUUCCCAAAGACGAUAGCAAAAAGAUCACAGUGGGGAAGAAAGACAACGACUACAUGUUCCUCACGACAUCGAGGUUCAAAUUUCUCGAUAUCAAAAAUUUUCUCGCUUCUGGUAUGAGCUACGACCGAUGGUGCAAGUCUCUGGAUUGCAAGCUCGAAAAGCUGGUGUUCCCAUACGAGUGGCUGACGAGCUAUGACAAGCUAACCCACGUCGGACCCGUGGCGUACGAACACUUCUAUAGCAGUCUUAGUGGGAAAAACGCCCUCUCUCCUGAAGAGUACGAAACAUUCCGUGCAGAGUUUUACAAGCGAGGCUGCGUCACCAUGAUGGACUGGUUGCGUGAGUACAAUUUAGCCGAUGUGGAACCCUUCAUCGAAGCCGUGGACAAGACAAGGCUGCAGUACUACGACGACGGGAUAGAUAUUUUGAAAGACGCGGUAAGUAUUCCAGGCGUAUCGAUGCGCUACGUCUUGAACAAGUCUCUAAGACUGAAUUCAAAGCUAGAGCUAUACGCUCCAGGAGAACUGUGCAAGCACAAGUGUAAGGUAGACUGCUACCAACGGUCUUGCAAGGCGUGCAAAAAGGUGCAAAAGGCUUGCACUGAGUGCACGAAGAAUGAGGCGUAUGAACUGCUUCAAACGGGCAUGGUGGGAGGGCCUGCCAUCGUGUUCUGUAGGUACCACGAGAGAGGAGCCACGGAAGUGCAAAACUGUUCUGGGUCUUGACGCGAACAUGCUGUACCCGAGUACGUUGAUGCAAGACUUUCCUUGUGGGAAGGAGAAGCUGAGCAAGAUUGAUACACCCACAGCUGAGCACAACAUCAGACUGUUGACAGAAGGGGUGCAGAGCGGCAGCUUAUUCGGUUUUGCGCAGGUCGACAUCGAAGUGCCGAAGGAGCUGUAUGACAAAUUCAGGGAGAUGGCUCCGCUAUUUGUGGUCAAGGAGAUACCCGACGAUCAAAUCCCUGAGCACAUGCACGAGUACCUGACCGCCACAGGGCGAAAGCGUAUGCUUGGUACACGUAAGCUCCUAGGGUUGAUGAAGGCUGAAAA